AUGACAUUUCUUAUUGGAAAGCCGCUAACUCUGGCCAUUACGGCCACUGCUGGCAGUGGCUUCCUUCUAUUCGGCUAUGACCAAGGUGUCAUGUCAGGUCUCCUGUCGGGAGACGCAUUCGUUCAAACAUUUCCCGAGAUUGACACCACCACGGGUGGCCAUGGUAGCUCGACUUUGCAAGGAACUGUUGUCGCCAUUUACGAGAUUGGUUGUUUCCUGGGUGCCAUUAUGGCCCUGGUUUGGGGCGAGAAGGUUGGACGUCGCAUGUGUAUCAUGGCUGGCUGUGUCAUCCUCUCAGUCGGUGCUGCCCUGCAAUGCAGUGCUUUCAGUAUCCCCCAUAUGAUCGUGGGUCGAAUUGUGGCAGGUAUUGGAAACGGACUCAACACUAGUACUAUCCCGGUUUGGCAUUCCGAACUGAGUAAGCCUGAGAGCCGAGGGAAAGGGGUAGGUCUCCACCUUCAGCGCAAUACGCCGUUCCCCUUCCGUCUCUUCCUCUCGGCAACCUCUGACAAAACAGACUAUGGCAUGAGCUACGUCAAGAACGACGCACAAUUCCGGUUCCCUAUUGCCCUUCAGAUUCUUUUCGCUAUCCUCACUUUCAUUGGUAUCAUUGCCUUGCCUGAGUCGCCUCGUUGGCUUAUUGCACAUGGCCGAGAAAGCGAAGCCCGUCGUAUCAUUUGGGCUCUUCAACCUAAUGCUCACAGCAUCACGGAGGACGAUGCAAUCGUUAACCAAGAUGUCGGCGAAAUCACAAAGGCUAUAAGGGAGGAACAGGCUGCUACAGAAGAGAGUUCAUUCAUGAUGGUGUUCAAGAACGGUCCCCAGAAGUUUCUGCAUCGGACACUCCUGGGCAUGGGCGGACAGAUGAUGCAGCAGUUAUCCGGAGUGAACCUAAUCACAUAUUACAAUACCGUUAUCUUCGAAAAGUCUGUCGGUAUGAGCCACAACUUGGCGCUGUUGUUGGCAGGCUUCAAUGGUGUGGCGUACUUUGUGUCAACCUUGGUCCCUAUCUGGACGAUUGAUCGGCUCGGUCGACGGAAGCUGAUGCUUUUCGCUGUGAUCGGACAAUGUGCUUGCAUGGCUAUUUUGGCCGGGACAGUGUGGGAUGGUAGCCAUGCCGCAGGUCUGGUGGCCACUGUGAUGCUAUUCCUCUUUAACUUUUUCUUUGGAGUGGGCUUGCUUGCGAUUCCAUGGCUCUUGCCUGCGGAAUACUCCCCGUUAGCCACUCGUACCCGAUCCGCUGCACUGGCUACGGCAACCAACUGGAUCUUUACAUUCUUGGUGGUGGAAAUCACCCCCGUCAGCAUUGACAACAUUGGAUAUCGCACGUAUAUCUACUUUGCAGUGUUCAACUUCUGCUUCAUCCCUCUGAUCUAUUUCUUCUACCCCGAGACGCGCAACCUCACUCUCGAACAAAUCGACCACUUGUUCACUGGCGAGAAGGUGAAGCUGCAUUGGCACGCAUCGAUGGGAGUUGCUGGCGAUGCCGAGCGUCGAGUGGGAGAGAAGGACGCAGAACUUGCUGGUGUCCAGCAUAAUACUGACUCCUUGCGUCAUGCUCCCCGGAAGCGUACGCGCACCGGUUGUAUCAAUUGCAGUAGACGCAGGCGAAAAUGUGGGGCGCCUUCUGCUCAACCCCAGCAGGAGUCGCAGCAGGAGGCUUCAGCACCCUCACCGUUACCUGGCCUUUCCCCAUCGCUGUCGAGUAAUGCUUCCUUUUACCCGGCUGCGGAAGUCCGUAACCAUGGACGCGAUAGUGGCCGCAACGAUGAGACGGCUAACGAAGUUCCCAACCACAUUCCCCAUAACGCUUCACCGAACCAUCCGUAUAUGCAUUCCAGUCCUGAAUUUGUUAUUGAUGAGCUCGCUGCAUUACGAAAUUUCUCCAAUAAUGCGGCAUCCUUUCCUCCAAAUGCCCCAGAGCCCUACCAAGGCAUCGCCUCGCCUCUCUUUGAUCACAGCGUCUUCUCCGAUCCAGUCAACUUUACCAAUGAUGUCUUUCUGCCUGGAUCCGCCUAUGAGGCGCUUCAUACUACGCUACGGAACCGACAGCUCUGGACAGCCCGACCGGACAUCCCUAGUCGGUGUAGCUCGCCAGCGUCAGUUCCAGAGUCCGGUGCUGUGACUCCAAAUGAGUUGCAUCCAAGUGAAGUACACAAUUACUCGAGACCAAGACGCCCAUUCGAACUCUCACCAGCUCGGGAAAAUGUGUUGUGGCAGAACUAUCUCAAUGAGAUUUGUCUUUGGCUGGACAUGUUCGACAAUCAUCGUCACUUUGCCUCGACCUACCCUCAGAUGGCCAAGUCAUCGCCACACCUUCGCUAUUCUAUUUUGGCCUUAUCAGCCCGCCAGAUCGAGCGAAAACAGAAUCAGAAGUCCCAGUCCGAAAGCCUUUCCCUGUACCAGGAGGCAAUCCAUCUCCUCCUCCCGGAGCUAGAGAGCAAGACAACACCAGUUAUAGCAUCAUGUGUGAUUCUAUGUGUAUUGGAAAUGCUCAGCUGUAAUCCCAAAGAAUGGCGCCGACAUCUAGACGGCUGCGCCUAUCUAAUCCAGGCCGCCGAAAUCAACGGGUUUUCCGGGAAAGAAGAACAGGCUCUUUUCUGGUGCUUCGCACGAAUGGACGUCUGCGGUGGCCUCAUCUCCGAAGAAGAAACCAUCAUUCCCAUCCACCACUGGAUCCCUAAGGACAUGAGUCCAGCCGAAGCAUCCCAGCACUUCCUAGCCUCCAACAUAUCCGCCUUCGACACCUACGCAAACUACACCGUAUACCUCUGCGCCCAAACACUCGGUGUUCUCUUCAACCCCUCGUCCCAACUUCCUCCGUCCUGUGUAUCGUGUCGAUACCUAGGUAGUCCUGAUGAUAGAGAUACCUAUGUGCACCGGUGGAAGCGUCUUUUCGAUAGCGUCGAAGAGUGGUACGAUAACCGGCCGAAUCAGAUGAAGUCAAUCUUUGUGAUACCGGCUACAGCGGGACCGGGGCAGGAGAGACCGUUUCCUACGGUUUUGUAUGGGAAUGGGGCUGCUAUCUCGGGGAAUCAAUUGUAUCACGCGUGUGCGUUACUCUUGCUUCAACGGAAGCCGAAGACUCUUUCUCUUUCGCGGCGGCCGAAAUCCGUUCUUUGGCACGCAAGGCAAAUCUGUGCUAUCUCCGCUUCUAAUACCCAUCAUGGCUGCUGGACAAAUGCCCUCCAACCACUCUGGCUAGCCGGCAAAGCCAUGUCACAUCAUUCCGAGCAUACAGCAAUCAUCGAAACCUUGACGCGUAUCGAGCGUGAGACCGGCUGGGCUACCGCGUGGAGGGUCGAAGAUCUGAAGGAUUUCUGGGGAGAAGAUGACGACAUAGAUGAAAUGGAGCCGAUGAGAGUAGACGUGGAGGGAGAUGUGAGUCUGCAGACUCCGCGGAGUAUCAGGAGCCUUUAA